AGCGGUGGACGAGAAAAUGCUUUUGCAUGGAAAUUGAAACAAAGUCCGCUUUGCGAAAAGCUCUUUAUUGCUCCGGGGAAUCCAGGCACAGCUGCAUUUGGAGAGAACGUGAAUAUCAGCGCCACCGAUUUUGAUGCGUUGAAGGCAUUUGUGUUAGCCAAUCAAGUGCAAAUGGUAGUGGUUGGUCCGGAAGAUCCAUUGGUAAAAGGUAUAUACGAUUUUUUUGCGAAUGAUGAACAAUUGCAGUCGAUUCCGGUGAUUGGUCCUUCGAAAGUGGCGGCACAACUAGAAGGCAGCAAGGCAUUUGCCAAGCGCUUUAUGGAGCGACAUCAAAUUCCAACUGCCGGUUAUCGCGAAUUUAACUUAGAGAAUUUAGAAGAAGGCUUGCGCUAUAUUGAUCAGAACAGCGGGCCGUAUGUAUUAAAAGCCGAUGGAUUAGCCGCAGGGAAAGGAGUGCUGAUUAUUGAAGACCAACAAGAGGCGAAAGAGGCGUUGCGCGAAAUGAUUGCGGAGAGUAAAUUCGGGAAAGCUAGCGAUACUGUAGUAAUUGAGCAGUUUCUGAAAGGAAUAGAAUUUUCUGUGUUUGUGAUGACCGAUGGUGCUAAUUAUAAACUGUUGCCGAAUGCGAAGGACUACAAGCGGGUAGGAGAAGGAGAUAAAGGCUUGAAUACAGGCGGCAUGGGCGCUGUUUCUCCGGUACCUUUUGUUACCGAAAAAUUAAUGGAGCGGGUGGAGCGUACGAUUAUUCAACCAACAGUAAAUGGAUUGGCUGCUGAAAAAAUCAUCUACAAAGGCUUUAUUUAUGUGGGGUUGAUUUUAGUAGGCAAUGAACCGUAUGUGAUUGAAUACAACUGCCGCAUGGGCGACCCGGAAACAGAAGUGGUGAUGCCGAGAUUAAAAUCGGAUUUGGUGGAAUUGUGCGUAGCUAUUGGUAACGGAACAUUGAAUACAAAAGAAGUAGAAAUUGACACGCGUGCUGCUACAACAGUGAUUUUGGCUUCCGGUGGCUAUCCUGAAGAUUUUGAAAAAGGGAAAACAAUUGCCGGAUUGGCUGAAGCUGCUGCUAUGCAGGAUGUGCUUGUGUUUCAUGCCGGUACAAAACGCGAAGACGAUAACAUUGUGACCAGUGGAGGACGUGUAUUGGCGAUAACGGCCUACGGAGCAAAUGGAAAAGAUGCUGUUUCAACAGCAUUAAAAGCAUCCGCACAAAUUCAAUUCGAAAGGAAGUAUAAUCGGAACGAUAUUGGGUAUGAGUUUUAU